AGUCAACAGAGCAUACGUCUGCUUAGUCAACCUUAGUUUGUGUAGUUUAUGCGAGCGGUGGUUCGGAUGCUUUACUGGUUGAUUUCACAUCAUUCCACGAGUACAUGGUACGCGUUUGCCUCUAUAUAUCUAUAGCGAGAUCCCUUGAAGUACCUUACUCUACAAGAUGAGAAAAAACGACAGUACCUUGGCGUCAAUUGACAAAGUCAAAAUACUCGUCGUUGGAGACUCGGGCGUGGGGAAGUCUUCGGCAGUCCAUCUGCUGUGCCACAACCGUCCUUUGGCGAAUGCCUCCUGGACUAUCGGCUGUAAUGUUGAGGUGAAAUUGCACGAGUACCGCGAGGGCACCGCAUCUCAAAAGACGUAUUUCGUCGAACUGUGGGACAUCGGCGGCUCCAGUAGUCACACUAGCGCCAGAGCGGUCUUUUACAACUCCUUUCACGGUCUUAUCCUUGUUCACGAUUUAACCAACAAGAAGUCUCACGAAAACCUAAGAAAAUGGCUUUCUGAAGUUCUUUGCAAGGACUGCCCAUCCAAGAAGGCAAAUGGAGUGCUUGAGUUUGAUCAAGAGAUGUUUGCCGACAGCCAAGUCCCUAUCCUGGUUGUGGCAACUAAGGGUGACCUUGUCCCCCAGACAGCAGGACGUGCUCUGGCGACUGUAGCCGAUGAAUGUGGCACUGACCAGGUGCUUCUGGACAAUCACAAUCCGAAGACACUUUCCCCCGGGUCCAGUAAUGCCCUCAAGGUAACUAGGUUCCUGGACAAAGUUGUGGAGCGACGCUUCCGUAGCGGAGUACCCUCUCCUCCGAUGUCUGCCACACUUCCAGUGGUUGAUCGUCGGCGAGCCAAGCUUUCACAUUUGGACUGAAUGGACUGACAAAAGACUACAUGCUUAAAAGAUGCUACCUGUGCUGGACACAACUGUUGUUUGCAUCUGUGAAUAUAAAAACAGCAAUUUCGUUCCCGU